AUGUUUCCUGUUCCACCGCCGGGCUUUAUUUACAUGCCGUACCCUCCAAUGACACCACCAGUGGCAGCGUCAGGCUCAGCUGGCGAGUUGGGAGUCCCACCUUCUCCAACUCCUGGCUCGCAGCCGCAUCCCCCGCUGCUCCCCCCGCCCCAUCUCAUCCCCUAUCCACCGCCUCCUCUUUACCCACACCCGGUCAUGUCGCCUUUCAGCGGGCACAGCUACAACCCCGCCGUGAUACAAGCCGACGGCAACCCAAGGAGCAUCUACCUUCGCCAUCGCAAUCGCGUCCCCUGGAAACUAAGGCGCUACGUCUGGGGCGUCGUCGGUCUGCAUGAGGAGAUUGAAGACUUCAUCAAAUUCAUGCAGCCAACGGAAGCCGAGCAGGCGAUGCGCGAUGAUGUCGUUUGGCGAAUCCGGCAAGUUGUGCAGGAUCUAUGGCCGUCUGCCAAACUAGAAACUUUCGGAAGUUAUAACACAGGACUCUAUCUCCCCGACGGAGACAUCGAUAUGGUAAUUCUCGGCCAGUGGGAGCAACUACCCAUGUGGCAACUGCGAAAUAAACUCGUAGAACGACGCAUCGCUAGAGAAGAGAACAUCACCGUCAUUGAGAAGGCGGUCGUUCCCAUCAUCAAGUUGAUUGAAAGCAAUACAUUGGUCCAUGUCGAUAUUUCGUUCAACACGUCGAAUGGUCGCGAAGCAGCCGCCCUCGUCAAGAAGUACAUGGCCGAGUAUCCCAACCUCAAGCAGCUUGUCGUCCUCCUCAAGUACAUUCUGAAUCAUCGGGGGCUAAACGAAGUCUGGAAAGGCGGAUUGGGAUCGUACGCCCUGACAUUAUUGGUCGUCAACUUUUUGCAACAGCACUCGAGAGAAAACGCGAAGAAAGAUGGCGAAAAUCUUGGCGUCUUAUUAUUGGAGUUCUUCGAGCUUUACGGUCGACAAUUUAAUUAUGAAACGUGCGGAAUACGAAUACGAGACGAAGCUGGUUAUAUCCCAAUUGACACCUUACGAAAGCAGAUGAAUGCUCACGGGACAAAGUACGGCCCUCUAUGUAUUGAAGAUCCGUUGAAUACGACAAAUGACGUGGGCCGCUCGACAUUCCAGUGGAAACACGUCCAAGCCUGCUUUGACCAUUGCUGCAGGAAACUGAAAAAGGCGCUCGAGGAGCAGCCAGACCCAGCCAUGCGCGGAGGAACUCUGCUCGGGCAUAUACUGGGCGUACCCGAUGAUCUUUUAUUAUACAGACGCUGGUGCGAUACGUCUUUCAACCCCGACCAUCUUUUAGCAGUUCGAAAGAGUAAAAACUCGGUGACAUCCUCAAGCGACGAGUCCGAAUAA